GCCAGCGCACGGUGCCCUCCUGGAAGAAGCCUAGAUUACGCUGCCAUCCGAAGCCAGCAAGCGGCACAGCAAUGGACUCCAAUCUGCAGGGCACCUUCCUGCUCAACAAUGCCUCCCUUGCCUCUUUCCCGGAAGUCAAGGCACCCAUGUGCCAGUAUUCGGUGCAGAACUCCUUCUACAAGCUCAGCCCUUCGGGGCUCAGUGCCCAGCUGGCAGCCGGCACACCGCACGGCAUCAGCGACAUCCUGAGCAGGCCACUGGCUGCGCCCAACAGCGCCCUUUUGCCCGGCUACUCCCAUGUUGGCGGAUUCAACGGAUUGGGAACCCAGAGCAUUUACUAUGGGUCCCAAGUCGGGAACUUCUCCAAGGCCGGGAGCGAAUACGCAGCCAGGGGCCGGAGCUGCUGGGCAGAUACGGGGCAGGAGUGGCACGGAGGCCGGCCCUGUGGCAACUCCACGGGGCACAUGUCUGACGGGCUCCACAAGAAGCACACGCGGCCCACCUUCACGGGGCACCAGAUCUUCGCCUUGGAGAAGACCUUUGAGCAGACCAAAUACCUGGCCGGACCGGAGCGGGCGCGGCUGGCCUAUUCCCUAGGCAUGAGCGAAUCCCAGGUGAAG